GUAUGGAGCUACUUCACCAAAGUAUGGACACGCGUUCCAAGUUGCACCUUUGCACGAGUUCAUCGGCGUGUGUGCGUUCUGGUUCCGCGUCCUCUGCGUAAAAACCGGGACGCGUGGGGCUGAGCUUUUACGCAGCUGGGGUCGGGACUUGGGACCGCUAAACAUCUCCGUCCGAGAAGGGAAACAAGGAGAGGGAGAGACGGAGAGAGGACACGAACGGAAGGGAGGCACAAAUCACAGAAAAUCAAAGCUGGAAGCCUGCGCACGGGUCGCGCUUUUUGGACGUGAAAGAACGCGCGGAACAAAGUACCGAUCACCGGAUAAACACGUUUCUGUCUUUUUUUUUUUUUUUCUCCGUGGGCAUGUUUCCGCUCCCGGAAAGCGAUGUUUAGAUUGUGUUAUGGAAAGAGGAUGAGCUCGGCGUUAUAGUAAAACCUACUGGGUGAAAUUUCUGCUGUUCCUUGUGCUUUUUUUUUUUUUUGGCUUUGGAAAUUACUGGAAGUUAAUGAUUUAACGGCUGAGGACACCAAAUGCAGGAGGGUUUGGUGACUCCGGUCUCUACAACUUAACAGAGUCUGAAGGCUGUUUUUGCGCACAUUGUGGACUCCGGUUGUGCUGUUUGGUUCAAGCAGGCGCUGAAAUGUGAGACACUGCUGAGCCGGAUUCAUGACAGACCGCUGCAUCCAGCUGUCUUAUCCGCCACUAUUGUAACCGUUUCCUUACGCCUUCUGGAUUGGAUAUGCAAAGAAAAGUUUUUUAAGAAUGAAGAGGAGAAAAGCCCCCUAGGACGCGUCUGUUUUUCAUGCUGAAGUGGAUUUGUGAAUUUCUGGUUAUUUCAGUCCUCUUUCAAACCUCCACUUGGAGACCUGACAUGCGUCUGGAACCUGGCAAUAAAGCAGUGACCUACUGAGAUUAACCUAAAGUUGUGACAUUGCGCUUUUAUUGACUUGUUAGUGAAUGACUGAGUGGUCCUGCGCAGGGAUCGGACCCACCUUAGUGCCUGGCUGUGCGCUCUGAGCCACCGCGUCCACCUUCCCCUUCAACCAGUUAGUGGAUUUGUUUGUGACUGGUGUGUGUGUGUGUUUGUGGGGAAAACACGCUCCACAGCAGACAUGGAGGAGUGGAGACAAUGCGGGCGGUGGUUGAUAGACUGUAAGGUCUUGCCCCCCAACCACCGGGUCGUGUGGCCCUCUGCGGCCGUGUUCGACUUGGCACAGGCCCUGCGAGACGGGGUCCUCUUGUGCCAGAUGUUGCACAACCUCUCACCAGGAUCAGUGGACCUGAAGGAGAUCAAUUUCAGACCUCAGAUGUCACAGUUCCUGUGUUUGAAGAACAUCCGGACAUUUCUCAAGGUGUGUCACGACAAGUUUGGCCUACGCAACAGUGAGCUGUUUGACCCGUUUGACCUCUUUGAUGUCAGAGACUUCGGCAAGGUCAUCUCUGCUCUGUCGAGGAUCUCCCACCACAGCAUCGCACAGAUAAAAGGAAUCAGGCCUUUUCCAUCGGAGGAUACGGCUCUGAAUGAGGACGAUGUCUACCGAAGUCUUGAGGAACUGGCAGAUGAACAUGACCUGGGCGAGGACGACAUCUACGACUGCGUACCCUGUGAGGAUGAUGGCGAUGAUAUCUACGAGGACAUCAUCAAGGUGGAAGUACGACAACCCAUGAUCAGAUACAUGCAGAAAAUGGGUAUGACAGAAGACGACAAGCGGAACUGCUGUUUAGUAGAGAUCCAGGAAACUGAGGCCAAGUACUACAAGACCCUAGAGGAUAUCGAGAAGAAUUACAUGAUCCCUCUGAAGCAAGUGUUAAGUCCUCAGGAUAUGGAGGCGAUCUUCGUCAACCUGGAGGAUGUCAUCAAAGUUCACUUCGCCCUCUUGAGAGCCAUCGAUCUGAACAUGGUCAGCGGUGGAAGCGGUCUGGGAAAAAUCUUCCUUGAUUUCAAAGAAAGGUUGCUGAUUUAUGGCCAGUACUGCAGCCACAUGGAGAAUGCCCAGAAGACACUGGAUGAGUUAAUAGCAACACGCGAGGACGUCAAAAUUAAAGUCGAGGAAUGUACCAUGAAAGUGCAGGAGGGGAAGUUCAAGCUGCAGGAUCUUCUGGUGGUACCCAUGCAGAGGGUGCUGAAGUAUCACCUACUACUGAAGGAACUUCUGAGUCACUCAGCUGAUCGACCAGAGAGGCAACAGCUCAAAGAGGCUCUGGAGGCCAUGCAGGAUCUCGCCAUGUACAUCAACGAAGUCAAGAGGGACAACGAGACACUGAAGAAAAUCAGCGAAUUCCAAAGUUCAAUAGAAAACCUUCAGCAGGUGAGACUGGAGGAGUACGGCAGGCCAAAGAUAGACGGGGAACUGAAGGUGUGCUCCAUUGUCAACCGAACCAAGCAGGACCGGUACAUAUUCCUGUUUGAUAAAGUGGUCAUUGUCUGUAAAAGGAAAGGCUACAGCUAUGAGCUCAAAGAGAUUAUCGAGCUGCAGUCAUAUAAAAUGUCAGAUGACCCUAUGAACAACAGAGACAUGAAAAAGUCAAGUGGAAAAAUGUGGUCGUACGGUUUCUACCUGAUCCACCUGCAGGGGAAGCAGGGGUUCCAGUUCUUCUGUAAAACAGAGGAGACAAAGAGGAAAUGGAUGGAGCAGUUUGAGAUGGCGAUGUCGAACAUCAAACCAGAGAGAGCUACAGCCAAUCAGCAUAACUUCCAGAUGCACACAUUUGAUAAGAACACAAACUGUCGAGCCUGCAAGAUGCUGCUGAGGGGGAUCUUCUAUCAGGGCUACUACUGCUCUCGUUGUGGAACAGGAGCUCACAAAGAGUGUCUGGAAGUCAUCACCAUCUGUAAAAUCAAUCCUCAUGACUUGGAACCUGGAAUGUCCUCAGGUCCUAAGAUGGUGGCGGUGAGGAACUAUCACGGUACACCAGCGCCUCCAGGGAAGACGCCGCUGUGUUUCCAAACUGGAGACUUCAUCGAGCUGCUGAAAGGAGAUCCUGACACCACGUGGUGGGAGGGAAAGCUGAUCCAAACACAAAAGAGUGGCUUUUUCCCCAGUUCAUGUGUAAAACCUUGCUUGGACCCAAAGCCCUUCCCGUCCAUCCGGCAGCCCUCCAGGGACAUGGACUACUAUGGAUAUCCUUGGUUUGCAGGGAACAUGGAGCGGCAGCAGGCUGACAACCUCUUAAAAUCCCACAGCAGCGGCACAUACCUUAUCAGAGAGAGGACGGCUGAAGCAGAGAGGUUCGCCAUCAGCAUCAAAUUCAAUGAUGAAGUAAAACACAUCAAGGUCAUUGAAAAAGACAGCUGGAUUCACAUAACUGAAGCCAAGAAGUUUGAGAGUCUAUUGGAGCUGGUGGAAUACUAUCAGUCACAUUCACUGAAAGAAAGCUUCAAGUUGUUAGACACCACGCUGCGGUAUCCGUACAAGUCAAGAGAACGCUCACUAACACGCGCCAGCACACGCUCACCAGCAGCCACCUGCGCCUCCUACAACUUCUCCUUCCUCAGUCCGCAAGGCCUCAACUUUUCCUCCUCUCAGAGCUCAGCCCCCUUUUGGUCAGUGUUUACUCCACGUGUGGUCAGUACAGCGGUUGCGAGGUAUAACUUUGCAGCGCGGGACAUGAGGGAGCUUUCGCUGCGAGAAGGCGACAUUGUCAAAAUCUACAGCAAAAUUGGCGGAGACCAAGGCUGGUGGAAAGGAGAGGCCAACGGACGGAUCGGAUGGUUUCCUUCAACCUACGUGGAUGAAGAAGGAGUGCAGUAGAGCUGCCUUCAAAUCAGGAACCGUCAUCUAUCUACUGUUCUCAGAGAAAAUUAUUCACUCUCCAGGAAAAUAACAGAAAACAAAACAAACAAACAAAAAAAGACUUUUGUUGUUGCUUUUGCUGGAUACUCAUUUUCUCAGUGAGCAUUUCUAUGCUGUUUCUCUAUCUUCAAUUAUGCAUCAGCUUUGCUUUUGUUUGUUUUUGUCUUUUCUUUGCAGGAUGUCCUGUUUAAUUUUUGUACAGAAAAAAAAAAAAAAAAAACACACAAAAAAACAAAACCCCAUCUUGCUGUGCGUCCUCUGCAGAGGCUUCACUGAACAGUAAACACAGCAGCUCCACUGACUCUGGAUAGCUUUACUUUGAAAAGGCUCCUCUUUGUUGCAGGUCUAUGCGAGGUGAAAUAAUUGUACAGUAUAGAUAAUUUAUUGAAUAGAGAUUAUUAUCAUUACAAUGAUUAAUGAUUAUUGUGAGGAUUUUAGCAACAGCAAAAAAUCAGAUGAGGAAAAACAAAAAAAAAAGACAAAAAAAAAAGACAGAUGCUCUGUUUUAAUGUUGAGAGAUUUUGCCUUAGUUGUCAUGGUGAUGCCUUGUGGGCUGACACCAGUGGAGGGAAUUGACUUUGUGGACUGGUUUUACUUCUCAUGUAUGCAUGUGCCCAUGUGCGGCCCACACAAACACAAACACAUACAGACCAAUGUACAGUACGGUGCCUUUGAACAACGGUCGCUGCUUACCGAACCUCGACAUCAGCCGGUAAAGACCGCCGCCAUCCCCGAAAAAGACAGUCUGUUCACAUCCAAAGGACUUCAGUAUCAGAGGGGGAGGGGCCUGAGCUCCCAACCCCCUCCCAAACCAACAGGCUGACGCAUUUACCUCCCAACUGGAGACUGUACGGACUAACAGGCAGUUGGAGAGA